CCACCCCCCCUCUCGUGCUGCGGGAAUGGUUUAACCCGUUACCCACAGUGAGCGAGACAGGGAGCACAAAGGAAGCGAAUACGCUGGUCGUUUACACGGGAUAUAAAAUGAAAGCGUGAUGUAAACACGGAAUAAAAACCGCAAGGACAUUUCCCGUCGCGCUGGACCAUUAUCGACGUUUAAUAUUACAAGAGGUAGCCUACCAACCGGCUAGCAACAACGCGUACGUCUGGACACCGAAAGACAGGCAUUAAGUGUGAAAUUGAAGCCAAGAGGAGUUGAGCAUUGUUUCAUCUUCGCGUUAGGCUUUUCUGGAGUUGCUAGCUGUUUUGUUUUGUGAACGAGCCCGGUUAACUGGGAUCAAGAUGUCGGGGGUUUCAAGCAAACAAAAGGAGAUUCUCCUCUUCUUUUUUUAAAAACAGUUUUUCUCUUUUUGGACUUGGGAAUAACAAACGAAACACGCUAACAUGUUGCAUUUCUGAGGUAGACAGGUCUCAAUGGGUGAGGCCCACUGAUCCAGUCAUCCCCUUCACAUCCCCCUGCACCCCUCCCCCUGCCCUCCUUUGUUCCCCUAAACUCCAACCCACUUCACUUCAGUCACCAUGACUUCCACCAGCCAACUGCUGGGUUUGGCUGAGGUGGGGCUCAGGUGUGACCGGGAGAUUGAGAGGAGAUACGAGAUUGUUCCCUCGGUUGUCUGCUCCAUGUGCUGCCUCUUUGGAAUCAUCUACUGCUUCUUUGGUUAUCGAUGCUUCAAGGCCGUAUUGUUCCUCACAGGCCUAAUGUUUGGCUCUGUGGUCAUCUUCAUGCUGUGCUACAAGGAGAGGGUGAUGGACACUCAGCUCAGCGUCGAGGCGUCAGUGGGCAUCGGCCUGGGUAUCGGGACCCUGUGUGGCCUUGUGACCAUGUUGGUUCGAAGUGUGGGGCUGUUUAUGGUGGGCCUGCUGCUGGGCCUACUGGUUGGAGUGGCUUCACUGGUGGUUAUGGAGGAGUUCUACCACCCCAGAACAGUGUGGGUUCCUCUGGGUGUUCUCCUGGGUUCUGGGACGCUAUUUGCCGUCCUCACUCUCCAAUGGCAGCGCUGCUUCGUCACCCUCUCCACAGCCACAUUCGGCUCUGCCAUCAUCACUGUCACCGUGGAUUACUUUAUAGAGCUGUUCGCCUUGGUCCACUACGUCUACGAGAGAAUCAGGGUGGCACCAAAGAAGCCAGUGUGCUGGUUUACUUGGGUUAUCUUGGGGGUGUGGCCUGUCCUGGCCCUCCUCGGAGUGCUUAUCCAAUGGAAAGUCACUGCAGAGGGAUUUUCUCACACAGAGGUGGUUUUGAGUCGACAGCAACGGAGGGUCCAGCUCAUGCGGAUCCGACAGCGGGAAGAGAAACUGAAAAAGGAAAAGGAGAACAAGAAAAAAACUAAACGAGAAAACCAUAAGACCAACCAUAAGCAGAAAGCCCACACCAAUCACCACCACCAGCAGUACCAUCACCCAACGGCCUCCCAUCCUCAUCACCAAGCUCAGAGCUCUCAGCCACCUAAAGUCCCGCCCCCUCAGACUGAACCCGGCUACCAUCGCAAGGCCAACCCUAAAAGGCGCUUUGAUGGAGAUGUGCUGUCACCGAGCUACAUCAGCAGUUUCAGGGACAGACAAACAGACAGACGAGCUUACUCCCACAGUCGAAUGAUAAGCCGCUCCCGGAUGGCCGAACUUGACUACGACUGCGGCUCUCGAGUGCCCCUCACGGCUCCCAGCGGACCCCCAGUACGCAUCUGAGACGGAGCAAGGCACACCCACACACACAACCUCAGACACAAUCAAACAAGGCUACUUUAAACCUCAUUGUCACAGUUAGGGAUAGAAAACCUAGCCCUACUGUGCCAACGUAAUCAACUGCCUACAGGAACUCAAUAUGUCCCCACACUGGUUUUCUCCUCUCAGACCUGUAAGAAGUUGUAUUUAUUUGGCCAGUUCGGUCAUGUUUUGUUUUUUAUGAAUGUCAAGACACAAGAGGAGAGAAUCUUCUUUUGGAUGGAAUAAAAACAGAUUGUUUGGUCACAUCUCAAACAUGAGUCAUUACAGACUAUCUUUUCAACUUUAAACUUCUUACGUUACCAAACUGGUCUGGGAGACACUGGAAAAAAUAGACCUGUCUGGUAGGGAGUUGAUUGAAAUAUUUGAUUUAAAGAAUCUUCUGGUUGCUUCAAGCCAUAAGAUGUUUUCCCUCGGACUGCAGUGGAGGAAACCAUCAAAACACAACACAGGAGCGCUUUAUUAUAAAAAAAAAAAAAAAAUGCAUUACCUUGCUUUAAUGCAGUCAAGGUAGCACAGCCUUCAAAAAAACCUUCCACAAUAUUUAAGUUCAAGGGUUAUUUUUUGGCAUUUUAGGCCUGUAUUUG